AUGACAACACCACUGAAGAGGAAAUAUAAAGACAGAACGCGUGACGCGAAGGGAAAGCCCUUCAGAUCUAAACAUUUUAUGUGUGAAUACAUUGGAUGUGAGAAAACGUUUGGCGAAAGUGAAAAACUUUUGGCACACAUUCGGGUCAGACAUACAAUGGAGCGGCCGUUCGGGUGUGACGUCUGCCACAAGACAUUCCCUACGGAGAGGUGUCUUCGGGAGCACAAGAAGAUACAUACGGAGGACAACCGACAGUUCCGGUGCUCUUGGGUUGGCUGUGACUCCGCUUUUCGCACAAAACAGAUUCUCGUCGAUCACAUCAAAUCACACGAACAGCUGCGAGAGUACGGGUGCGAUGAAUGUGACCUACGAUUUAAUAACAAGAAAGAUCUGCAUAAACAUAAGGUCAGGCAUUCAGACGCACGCCCCUAUGUGUGUGAUUGGCCCGCGUGUGAGGCCGCGUAUAAAGACCUGUCGCAGAUUAUGCGCCACAAAGAGACACAUCUGGCAGUGAAAAAGUAUGUCUGCGAUAGAGAGGGUUGUGGUAAAGGGUUUGUCACUAAAAAAUAUUUAUAUCAACACAAACGCCAACACACUCUGCCAUUUGUGUGCAGUUGGCCCGCAUGUGACCGACGCUACGGCUCCAAAGACAAGCUCACGGACCACAUGAACUCACAUCAGGGCCUACGAGUGGUCGAGUGUCCGGUCGAGGGUUGCGAUAAGACAUUCACAUCCAAACCCUGUGCGCGACAACACUUAAGACAAUCAUUCAACACAACACUCGACGGACAGCUAAACAGUGAAAACAAUCACUUAAUCCAAAGACUGACACAAGAAUCACAUCCAAGAAGUGGAGCAAAGAAGACAAGGAAACUGAAAGACAAUAACCCGAAGACAACGACAACAACACCGAAGAGAAGAUAUAAUAAGCAAAAGAAGACAAUAAGCGAAGAAUUUAACACUGAUUCCGAUCACAAUUGGGACACAAUAUCAGCGAUGAAGAGAGAAGUGGUGGACAACACCGACGAGACAAUGAUUAACAGUAAACCUGAGAAGUGUGGCGGCAGUGAUGGCACCACUCGUUAUCGCUGCCAUUGGGAGGGCUGUGACAAGAGUUUCACCCAAAAGCCUAAUCUCGUCGGACAUAUCCGGUCGACGCACACAAAGGAGAGGCCCUUCCGGUGCGAAGAGUGCGGCAAACGGUUCACAACCGAAACGAUACUCAAACUCCACGACCGGACGCAUCAGUCGGUGAAGCGCUAUAAGUGCGGACACAACGGCUGCGCGUUUGAGACCAAUACUCCCAAUACACUCAAGUGUCACCGUUUGCGGCACUCGACAGCUCCGGCGCCCUAUCGGUGCCAAAUCGAUGGCUGCGGUCGUGAGUUCUUCUACCGACACGUUAUGGUCCGACACCAGCGCUCGAAGGCUCACAACCCGGAAGCGGAGGCGCGAGCGCUGGCCCUGAAGUACGCGUGCGAAUGGCCCGGAUGUGGGAAACGCGUUCAUUCCAGGGAUGUAUUGGUAGCUCACGUGCGGCUCAGACACACCAAUGAGAAGCCGUUUAAGUGCGACGAG